UCUUCGGUACGGAUCCUCCCAGUCCCCUCUCUGUCACCUCACAGUAGUCGUUGCCAGUAGCGGGUGUGGGGGCGCGAGCAGCGCAGGGCGGCCUCUCCCCCGCCCCUCAGGCCGGGCCCGGGCUCGGUCCCCCGGCUCCCUCCUCUCCCCACCCCCGUCGGGUACGGGAAGGUCCAAGCCGCUGCCGGGUGCCCGAGGGCCAUCGUGGCCGCCGCCACGGGUCCCAAUGGAGCCGCCGAAUCUCUAUCCGGUGAAGCUCUACGUGUACGACCUGUCCAAGGGCUUGGCCCGGCGGCUCAGCCCCAUCAUGCUGGGGAAACAACUGGAAGGCAUCUGGCACACCUCCAUAGUUGUGCACAAGGAUGAGUUCUUCUUUGGCAGUGGCGGUAUCUCCAGCUGUCCCCCGGGAGGGACAUUGCUUGGGCCCCCAGAUUCUGUGGUUGAUGUGGGGAGCACAGAAGUUACAGAAGAAAUCUUUCUGGAGUACCUGUCCUCCCUGGGGGAGUCUCUGUUCCGAGGUGAAGCCUAUAACCUCUUUGAACACAACUGUAACACCUUCAGCAACGAAGUGGCACAGUUCCUGACUGGGCGGAAAAUCCCUUCUUACAUCACUGACCUGCCCUCUGAAGUUCUCUCCACGCCCUUCGGACAGGCACUCCGACCACUCCUGGACUCCAUCCAGAUCCAGCCUCCUGGAGGGAACGCUGUGGGCAGACCCAAUGGCCAGAGCUAACAGGACUGCACGGGACCACCCGCCUCUCCAGGGCUUUUCCUUUUUAAACAAAACAAACCCUACCAGAUUUCUAUUUUAUAAUUUUACAUCAGAGCUAACAACCAGGGGACGGCUUUUUAAAAUCCCAGGGAAGGAGAUCGUCAGGCUGCAUGUAGGACAAUGCUGCUAAGAAACAGAACAAAAUGCCACCCCUUCUAAUAGUAUUAUACUAAUUUAUUAAGGCUGUCUUGUCUGUGAGUUCACUUUUGACGCUGUUUCCUAAGCGUCCUCCACACUGGAGAAACGGAGGGGAUUUGUUUAAGCAGAAAGCAAGAGGCACAGUUUGGAGGAGCCCCAACCUAGAACCUCCUUCCAGAGAAUACCCACACUCCACCCAGGUUGCCACACCUGUGGGACCCAGGUGAGUUUUACAACAUCGUGACCAGAAGCAGUUACUCUCUAGUGGUUCAAGUACCAAAGGAUUUGGUACACUUGGGACCAGUUGCAGGGUGACUAACCCAGCCUAAGUGAACUCUUUAGCUGCAGCUCCCCGACCUUCCCUCCCCUGUCCCAGCACAUGGGGCCAGGGCUGGAGCAGCUAGAGCCUCAGGAUCACAGGAGAGUGACAGCAAGAAAACAGGAUAAAGCCAUUCCCCCUUCCACUUGGACUGAUCGCAAUUUUCUGCCAUCAGUUUUGGAAAACCUGCCUUGCUGUCCACCACAGGGCUCUCUCCCUCAGCAUAGCUGACCGACGGUCAUAGCUGAAGGUCCGGGCUUGUGCAACAGAGACCCAAGCCUUCUGUCUGCAAACAAUGAUGAAGGUAAUUUGCAGUCACUUAGAACCACCCACCCAGACCGAUAUGCAGUAUUCAGCUGGGGACCAAGGGGAUAUGAUUCCCUGCUCUAGGAAGAUACCCCUGAUGUAGAAAGAAUAAUGAUGCAGAAUCACGGUGGCAAGAAAAUUUAGAAUUGUUUCCAAUAGGAACUUUUACAUUAUCCUAAAUAUGUUUUGAAGGCACAUGUCAUUUCCAUUGUCAUUCUGGCUUUAAGGAGGCCUGGUUGGAGUGUGAAGAGGGCAUUUUCCUAAAGACUUGCUGCUAGAAAUUCAUGGGCAGGGAACAGUCUGGAAUCCUGGAUCUGGAGAGGCUCUCAGACUUCCUUUCUUUACACAAACCAGUGAGUGAGGAGAAAGGACUCGGCUGCCAGGUGCCUAAGUCGUGGCUCUCCCCCUUGGGUCCCUGCCACUUCUAAACUUGAGUUCAAUUGCUCCCUCCAGGGCAGGCGCCUUUCCUCCCUGAAAAGCUGCUGCUCACCCCUGGCCCCAUCCCCACCGUCUCUGCCAUUAGCCAUAGCAGUUGGCAUCAUCAGGGUCUCAGCUAGAGGAAAAGAUGUCAUUCUGCCUUAGUAUUUGCUGUGAUCUGACCAGGGCCAUGUCCAGCUGGGAUACCAAGUGACAUUUGGAACUUUAAGAUUAGAGGCCAAAUGAAUGAGCAGUUUCAUUCUUCUCAAAACCCACUGAACUGCUGGUAGAUGUAGAUAAAUUGCAGUGGAAACCAACAGGGAUUCUUUAAUAUUGAUUCACUUGUGGAAUUGGCCCAGGAAGAAUGGGUGUCCGAAACUGGGUUUCUUCUGGGCAGGUGGCAGGUUGGUCUCGGCCAUCACCCUGCCUCCCACCAGUUUGCUCUUCGGCUUGCCUGGCCCAGAACUCCCUCUUCCCAGUUCCUGCUCCAGAGCUGUCUUCUCUAUCUGGAGGGCAGUGGGCUGUUUUCUGCCAUGUCCAGGCUCAACUGGUUUUGCUCCUUGCAGCAGGUCACCCUCAGACCCAGAACUAUUCUGAGUUCUUCUGAGUGGCUCCCCUGAGGGAAUUUGAGUCAUUUGAUUCCUCAAAAAGCCCCCCCUUCAUGCCCAGCAGCCAUUCGUGCCAAUGCGGGGAGAUGGAGGGGUGAGCAGUCUCCCAGAGCUCUGCAGGAGGCAGACUCCCAUCCCCCUCUGCAAGCCCCACCGUCACUCUCUGUGGUAACCCAGGCCCAGGCUAGGACCCUAGCACCAUCCUCCCCUCUCUCUGUCUAUCCCAGAACCUCAGGGGUAUACUUGUGACCAGCUAACUCCAUGUGGGCAUGUACAGGCAAACAGAACGGGAGAUGAGUCAUGUCUUUGUGUUACACAAUGGACACCUCUGUAGACGUCCAUUGGUUUUAAAGGGACAGAGAAGGAAGAGGGAUGAGACCAUUCUCCUCUCCCAGAAAUAAAGCUUGUACCUUCGAGAUUCCUUUAUGCCCUUGAAGUCAACUAAAAAUUGUGUCUAGUAUGGAGGUGUCUGCUGGUUGACAUUGGUGUUUUUUCUAAUGCAAUAAACAUUUCUGCCUGCUG